AUGGAUUCAUUGAGUUUUGGUGGAAAUAACUCUAGAAUAAAUUGUCCGUCCUGUAUAAAAAAUAAUUAUAGUAAAAAUGACAAAUUACAUGACCAUGAGUGCACUUAUAAAAUAUAUAGUGUGCAAUCAACUCAACUUCGACGUCUGAAGAAAGAUACUCCGAGAGAAAAAAAAGACGCGAAGUAUUACGAAAAGAGAAAAAGGAACAACAUGGCAGCUAAAAAGUCCAGAGAGGCCAAACGUAGAAGAGACAAUGAAAUGGCAUUGAAAUUAUUUAUUUUAGAAAAAGAAAAUAUGUUGUUAAAGUUCCGAUUAAGCACAGUAACUGAAGAACUUGAAAUUAUAAAGAGAACAUUAGUUUUUUACAAUACAAAUCAAGUUAUUUGGACAAAUAAUGUCUUACCACCUUUUCAAAACAAAUAA